AGCCAAGCAACGAUAAAAAUUGGAGGCAAGGAACGAGGCCAUCCAUUUCAGGGUCAGCUUUCUGGACUCUACUACAAUGGUUUGAAAGUCCUGAACAUGGCUGCUGAGAAUGAUGCCAACAUAGUGAUAGAAGGGAAUGUCAGACUCGUUGGUGAAGUGCCUUCCUCUAUGACAACUGAGUCAACUGCCACUGCAAUGCAAUCAGAGAUGUCCACCUCAGUCAUGGAAACCACUACCACUCUGGCUACCAGCACAGCUAGAAGAGGAAAGCAGCCUACAAAAGAAUCAAUUGUUCAGACUACAGAUGACAUCUUGGUGGCCUCAGCUGAAUGCCCCAGCGAUGAUGAGGACAUUGAUCCCUGUGAGACGAGCUCAGCGAGUCCCACCAAACCAGGACGGGGAGGAUAUCCAAGUUCAGAAGAGGUGGUUCGGGAAUCCAGCAGCACGACUGGCAUGGUGGUUGGGAUCGUAGCAGCAGCUGCUCUGUGCAUUCUCAUCCUCCUCUACGCUAUGUACAAGUACAGGAACCGAGAUGAAGGCUCCUAUCAUGUUGAUGAGAGUCGAAACUACAUCAGUAACUCAGCACAGUCCAACGGGGCUGUGAUUAAGGAAAAGCAACCCAACAGCUCUAAAAGCUCCAGCAAAAACAAGAAAAACAAGGAUAAGGAGUACUAUGUCUGAUCCCAACAACUGGAAAGAACAAUUGUAUAGAAAUAGUCUUCAUUUAUCUGAGACAUAAAACAAAACUUAUUUACUUUACUUUUUAUGAAGCACAUACAAAGUUUAAAAAAUGGGGAAAGGAAUAUGGGGAAUGCAAAUAGAAAGGAAAGACUUCUUAACAAAACAAGGAAUGACAAAAAAUGAAAUAAGCAUUUCAUACUCUGGUUUCUCUGAAACGGGAGUCAGUAAACCCCCUUACGUUCACAGUGUUUUCAUUUACUCUGCCAUCUUUAUGUUGCUGGAAUGUUUCUGAAGAAGAUGUUGGUACUACUGCACACUCAUAAGGCAAAGAGUAUUACUCCAAAACAUCACCCAGCAC